AUGAAGAUCCAAGUUCUUAUCGCUGCCGCAAUGACCUCCUUCGUCAUCGCGGACCAAUACCCCGGCGCCAAAGAGAAGUGCGGUCGCCUUGGACCCAUGACAUGGGACCCGAAGAACCUUCCAGAGGGUGUUGAUGUUAACAAAAUCCGCAUGUGUGCGGACCAUCCUAUGGGUGCUGGCAACUAUUGGGGAAUGGGCGAAUAUCUCCCUAAAUGGGUCCCUCGUAACCCUCUGGCCGAUUAUUUAUAG